AUGAUUAAUGCUCGAGCGUUGGAAACUAUGAACAACGGUGACGAGAAAGCCAAGGAGCUUUGGAAGUGGCGACGGAUCGCUCUUUAUCAAGCGCUGUCCCCCCUAGUGGCGACGGAUCGCUCUUCAUCAAGCGCUGUCCCCCCUAGUGGCGACGGAUCGCUCUUUAUCAAGCGCUGUCCCCCUAUUGGCGACGGAUCGCUCUUCAUCAAGCGCUGUCCCCCUAGUGGCCACGGAUCGCUUUUCAUCAAGUGCUGUUACCCUAGUGGCGUUAUACUGGCAGCUCUGGGGGGUCUGGACACAGCCAUCAAAGUGUUUGAAGAUGCUGUAGUGAGGUUUUUGAAGAAUGCAAACAUGCAUUACAAUUUAGCAAAUAUGCACAUAGCGAGUGAUGGAAGCACUGAUGAUGACAUGUUUGAUUAA